GUGCAUUUCAUUCCCCUUCUGUGAAUCUUCUACUACUGUUUCCGGUUUCAGGCAAAAUGUCGCAAAGUCAAGUUUCUACCAACGUCGGCUCCUCCACCUCCCGCCCCGGCGGCUCCACCCCUCGCAGCGCUGCCAGCGGCAUUGUCCGUCAGCGCCGCACUGGUGGUGCCUCGACUUCCCGAGCUGCCCCCUCGACUGGCUCUACUGGAUUUCUCGGCUUUUCCAUGGACGAUGCUCCUGGAAUCAAAGUUGGCCCGGUCACCGCACUCGUGUCCAGUGCAGUAUUUAUUGCAGCCGUCUUGCUCAUGCACAUUGGAUCACGCAUGUUCUAGUGCUUGAUGUCUGCCGCCCUGCCCUCAUACCUUCCGCCUCUGCUAUCACUCGCUGUCUGGUUCCGCCUACUGUCUAGAAAAUAAACACAUGAAAGUUUUCA